AUGGCGAGGAAGAAGAAAGGAAGUUGGACGAGUCGAAUCUGUGCUGUUGUUAUUAUCCUGGCUUUAGCUGGCACAAUGUCAAUGAACAUAUUAUUCAUCUUACACACCACUUCUCGAGGUACGAGCCAGGAAAAGGAACCUAUGGAAUAUGAUCGCAAGUUUCAUAAUGUUCCGCAGAUUUCAGUUGCUCCUCCGGCUCAAUAUUGGUUGAAUGGAAAGGGAAAUUCGCUAUCUCGUGAAGGUACGUAUUUUAAAAAAUGUUCACGCUUCUCGAGCUCGAAUGUAUGUAUUUGGCUUUAGUCUUGCGUGCCUUUGAGGAAUUUAUUAGAUGAACAACGUAUAAGUUUGAAGAAAAUCGCUUUGCCUUCCAUAGAGUGUUUAAAUCUCGGUUUAAUACCGCUUAUAAUCACAACAUUGGCAUAUCCAAGGCUCCAAAAUGUAAAUUAUAUAUAUAUUUUUGGAGCAUAUCAAUUUACAGGAGUUCAAAGUAUGCGUUAAUUUAUAGAAUUUGAAAACAGUCAGCAGCGUAGUAUUUUAGAGAAUUACGUCCUCUCGACUUUUAUUUAUCCAACGGUAUUUACCUUCGGGUCAAAGACGUCGAUGCGGAUAUUGCAAUUAUUACUAAAUGUUACACGAAAUGCAGUCCAGUUGGACCAUUAAUUUCCCCGGUAUUUUGACACUGCUUAGGUUUUUUAAGAGUGCUUAAUUUAUUGGAGGUUUCUAACAAUUACGCAUGGAAAGAGGAAAAAUAAAAUUAGUCGUUAUUUUUCUUUUGAACCAGACAUUCUGACGAGUACGAUAAUCACUCACAUCGCACUUUUUGUAGUGCUUUUGAAUAUUAUUCAGUUCAUUCAGCCAUUAACAAAUAGCUAUUGUUUUGUUUUGCUUUGUUUCAAACUUUUUAUUUCCUUCUCUACCUUUCUUUCCUCAGGGAUUGAGUUGCUAACGGCAACAGAGAGUAAAUAUGUAGAUUUAGAGGUGUUCUCGAGUAAAGAGAAUGUUUCAAUUACCAUCAACGGACAACAGGUGUGAAGAAAAAAUUUCCUCAUUCAGUUUUUACGUAAUUAGUGAGCAAAAUGGCGGCGCCGUUAUCGCUGAAAACGUAUUCUAGGCCCAUUAAACCGUAGUUUCAUGAGUAAUUCAUCAAAAAUAGUAAUAAUAAUUAUGAUCACAGUAAUAAUAAUAUUUUUAAUAAAAAUAAUAAGUAAUGGUAAUAAGAUUGAGUAUAAUCCAAUUCAUGAAGCGGAGACCAAUUCGGUCUGUAAUGCUACGAGUGAUUAACAUAAUCGGACGACGACUGCGAAACGGGAGUCCGAUUUGUUAAUCACGAAUAUGAUUACAGGCCAAAUUGGACGACACGAAGUCCUGUGUUACCAUUAAUCAAAACCGUUACAAUUUUCCUAAAAUGGAUUACUAAUUAAUAAUUGAAAAAAAUUACAAAUUUUCGAGAAAAGAAGAAUGGGCAAGUUACAAAAGAAAGGGAAAAUUGAAUUAUGAUUGAACCCAAGGUUGUGAUUGGUUGAUUUAAACUACAACUUUGAAAAUGAUUGGUUGGUUUGAACAAGAACUUUGAAUAUGAUUGGCUUAUUGAACUGUCCGAUAGCAAACAGUCCGAUCACAACUUAACAAGUGAAUUAGUGGAAAAUAGGAGUUUUCUAAUCCAAUCAUAAUCGAGGAAAUUGUAAUUUUUACGAUUAUGGUAAUAAUAACAGUAAAGAUAAUAGUGUUCAUAAAAAAUGAAAUUAUUGACAAUAAUAAUAAUACCAGUAAUAAUGAUAGUGGUGCUAACAUCAAUAACGAUAUAAAUAAAGAUGAUUUGCACAAGUAAGUAAGCAAAUAUCCUUCCUUUGACGAAAAGGUUAAGAAGCAAACAAUUUUUUCAGAGAUUCCAGCUUGGGGAACACAGCGAGUUUUUACGUACAGAUAAUGCCAAAGGGCAGGAGCCCAAUGGACUCCUGCAAAGGGUCACUAUGUACAGUCCUGAUCUAGGCGUGUAUUAUUUCUUCGCAAAGUGGAGGCCAUUGUGCAGUUCGCGGGACGAAAUUGUUACGAACAACUAACCGACAAAAACCUGUAUUUCGUAGGAUGUCGACUAUUUUAUUGCUUUGGUAUUAUCUAAAAGCUUACUAGUUUCCUUCUGUACAAUAAAAGCGAAACGUUCUCUUAUUUUGAAUCAGAUAUCAAACUAAAUUUUGUCGGAGUGAAAUGUAACUUGUGAAAAAUGGAGUAAUACCUCUCCGGGGACAUAACUCGGCUAGGUGCCAGUUUAAGCUGGGUCAUGUUCAGUUUGGUGAAACGCUCAGACUAAAAAAAAAAACAAACCUUUUUGCUGGAAAAUUUCGUUAUUUUCUCGACGCUAUGAAAUGAAUGUAACCGUUCAACAUUUUGGAGAAAGUAAAUGUUAAAGUCGUACCCAGACCCCUCAUGGUAUCCGGUUUUUCAAACACAUAUUCCAAGUUAUAAUUAUAGGGGAUAGUUUUUAUACAUAUUUAAAUUGAUUUAAUAUGUCUAAUCAAUAGAUUUAUGUGUUUUUUCUUGUUUAGAGGGUCGAUAUUUCCGAGAUGUUACUAAGAGGCCUGAAUGUUGUAGUUUUAAAUGAAGUAACUGGCGCUGUGAUGUCCUCGAGAUGGUUCGAUACAUAUGAGUCAAAAGAGGACAGCGGUUAUCUUAUGGAAUUUCUUUCAAAUUUAAAAAACGGCAGGAUAAUCUGUUUUGCCGUGAAGGUGCGUACAGACGGAAUAUGAAGUAUAGAGUUGUUUCUACAAGCUACGAACUUAGGUGUAUCCUAUACGUGUUGGGCGAUGACGAAACCUAUCCAUAAUGAGCCUAACAAUAGGUCUGUCGAGCGCAAGAUCAAUUCAUCAUUCUUUGUUAUGAGAGGAGGAAGGGGUUGGGAGAAGGACUAGUUGCCGGGUACAGACUAUUAUCUUAAAAGAAGACGCCAAUUUUGAGCUCGGAUUUCGAGUAAUAAAAGGAUCUUGGGAUCAAAAAGUUCUCAGUCGCCGCUAAGAUUUCCGAAACUUAGACCUUCGGAAUUUGCGCUCGAAGGCUCUUUUAAAAAGCUACGAGGGUGUCAAAGGGAUGUUGGCUUUUACGGUUAACGGUUAAAACUUUUGGCCGUUUUACGGCUAAUAGUCAACCCUAUUAAGACCCUCAGAAACCUCUGGUUGACAAUAAAUAAUAUCGUAGAAGUAGGCUGUACCGUAGACAACGCCUGAUAACAUGACCGAUGCAUUAUCUAUUCAGCAACCAUAAUUUUCAUCUUGUGUACUCAGCUGAGCGGGUGAAAUAGAAAAUAUGUGACAACGGACUCAUUCCUUCUUAUCGUUUAGGACGAGGCGUCUCUUUCCUUAUCAGAGAGCACGCGCAUGUUCAUCAAGCGUUUGGGAAGUGCUUACAUCGAUCAGCUAAAGUGGAGAGGCAUGUGGGUGUUUAUUGUCCAACGGUUGGGCACUCGAAACAUUGUGUACGGCGAGAGUUUUCAGGAUGCACCGAAUCUUAACCAGUGGGCAAGACCAGUGAGGCUACACGUAACCGUACAACUAGUGGCAGAAAAUAUUGUCAACUGCAAAUGGGACGACUCCGACGCUACCAAGAGACGAAGAGAAUUUUGUGAAAAAUAUGAAGGAUAUGGCAACGUUUGCAAUUGUAAGUACAUGUAUAAUCUGAGCUGUCAUUGAGAGCCGGUAGCCCUUCAAAAGUGCUGGUUAGUGUGGCAUCUUAAGCUUAUUACUUUCACCUUGUUUUACCAUAGGUUGUGGUUAAAAAUCGCAUGAUUACAAUUAAUGUAUUAUUAUCUUACAAGCAAAAUUUACCAGUAGCAUGUUUAGAUGUUUGCUCGAAGGUUUGUGUGAUCUUCGUGGAAUGCAUUUCACCUGAAUAGUUUCAAGUUUUUUCCAGGUAUUUUUAUGAUUUUUUACACUCCGCGGAAGUCUUAAAAUUAAUAAGCCAUAACAUGCUUUCUGUAACUUCGUGAAUUUGACGUAGUUCUUCAUAGGGACUCAUCAAUUCCUUCUUUGUUUCUCAGGUGACAAUCCUCUUUCGCUAGAAUUUGACCCGCCCUCUUUUAGAGACAACAGCCGACUGAAGUUGCCCGUGGCGGUCAUGGCUGGUAACAGACCAAGUUACCUACUACGCAUGCUCUUAAGCCUUCGUAACGUCGAGGGUCUGGAUCCUAGUUUGGUAACAGUUUUCAUCGAUGGUUUUUAUGACGAACCUGCCUCGGUCGCUAAACUGUUUCAACUACAUGUGGAACACCAUGCAGGCUCGGGGAGAUUAAACUCAAGAAUUUGUCAGGUAUAGCGUGCUUAGAGCGUUUAGUCGUAAAGUUACCUAAUUUUGUUCUAUAAUAAUAAUAAUAAUAAUAAUAAUAAUAAUAAUAAUAAUAAUAAAUAAUAUUUUCAUUUUUGUGUUAUUUCCCUCAGCAUUACAAGAAAUCGCUGACAGCUUCGUUUGACAAAUAUCCCGAUGCUGAUUACCUUGUGAUCUUAGAAGAGGAUCUCGAUAUGUCCGUUGAUAUCCUCAGCUAUUUUAAACAACUUCUUCCUGUCUUAGAAAAAGAUGAAAGCCUAUAUUGCAUAUCAGCUUGGAACGACCAGGUAUGUUUGGUGUUGAAAGGCUGAACUGUUCACGGAAUACAGCUUAACUUUUUUUAUACAACAAAUUGAUCGCGACGCUUGAAUCGCAAAAUAUUGAUGCAUGUUCUGAAUUACUAAUGAGUUGGGAUAAGAUGAAAACACAUCUCGUCCACGAGAAGUAAAAGUAUUCCAAAUUCUCCCACCGACGCAGCACCACAGUUUCUUAAGAAGCUUACCCCCCGUAUUCCAUGUUGCUUGGACUACUUUUUCUACUUAAAAUUCAUCUAACUCUUAAUAUUGAUACAUAUUCUGAAUUGUUGAAAUACCUGAUACCUUCUUCAAUUUAACUUCGUAGGGUUAUGACCAUCUUGCAAAUGAUCCUGCCAUGUUGUACAGAGUAGAGACCAUGCCAGGAUUAGGAUGGUAAGGGAUGCGUUAGGUAUUAAGAAUGGUACUCAUACUAAAAUUCAGAGAUAAAACUAUGGCGACCACUUUUGAAAAGGAGAUUGCUUUCCUUUUAGAUAGCAGCACAAACUUAAAUAAGCUGUCUCAAUUCUUCGCUUUCGCUUUUGAAAUUGCUUUAUUCUGAAUUUUUUUUUUUACGAAAACGGUUAGUAUUACGUCAUCCAAUAUACCUUUUAACGUAAAAGCAAAGUAACAAACCUUGGUGAUGAGGCAAGUUAGUUUACAGGUAGAAUUCAAACAGUAAAUGGAAGAAUGUAGGGAUGGAGUCUGAUGAAAUCCAUGAUUCGUGUGUGGCUUCAACUAAAAAGGGCAAGCCUUAAUCAGCAACAGUGAUCAAACACGGAAAAUUCUUGAAAGUCCUAAUUAGAUGCGGGCUGAACGAUCCUUUCUUUUUCCCCAUAAUGCGUUGCACUCUAAAGGGGAGUGAGUUGUAAAAAUUUCAAAAACAAUGAUUGAAUUUUUUGGUGAAAAAUGGCCACCAAACUUUGUCGGUAGCCAUCGACAAACCCAUUUUUCUCUACGUAACAAACCCCUCCUUUCUCCCUCAGGGUGUUAAAGCGUAAGAUAUACAAGGGUGAACUAGAGGAGAAAUGGCCGAAGCCCCAUCAGUCAGCUGACUGGGAUAUGUGGAUGAGGCUACCUUCCAACAUCAAAGGUCGCGAAUGCAUCAUCCCGGAUAUUUCUCGUACUUAUCACUUUGGAGCCAAAGGACUUAAUGUGGGAAGCUUUAUGCAGAAUAUUUAUUUCAAACAUCAUGCUCUGAACAAAGAAACAAAUGUCAAGUUGAAUGCGGAAAUGAUGUAUAAGGAUAACUACGAAAGAGAAAUAUUUCGUCUAAUAGGGUAAGAACCUUGUCUUAAUGUUAAAAAAAGUGAGCAUCCAGCUGGAGCUUAUCCCGGUUUCCAUAGCAUGAAGCUGCUAGGAGUAUUACUACUCUCACCUGGAUGCGAUGCCAGUUCAUCGUAAGGUUACCCCCCAGCUUUUCAUCAGGCUUCCUUGAAAACUCACCGGAACCCAUAACGCAAAUCAUUUUACUCACCUGCUUCACGUUUAUCCAGUUGUUACCUCGUUAAAUAUUUAGAUUUUCCAGUUUAUAACAUGUAACCUCUCCUUUCUAGAUCACUACAUUAUCUAGAGAAGAGUUGACGAGAAUAGAAAGGUUUGCCAGCUACAGGGUGUCAUUUUGACAUAAUAAAAACUAGCUAAUUUUUCAGGCAAGCUAUAGCAGCUGUAGGGGAGAUCUGCGAUUCAGAUCUUCGGAGUGAGGAGAUUAAAACCGAAUGGCCCAAACACUUUCCGAAGUUUUCUUAAAUGGUUUAGUAGUGAACGAUAUUCUGACAUGAAGUUCAAGGCAGCAACAGUAAGCUUUUUGUUUUGCGUUUCAGAGAGGCUAAGCUUUUAAAUCAUUCCAAAAACCCGUGCGCAAACCUCAAAGACUUUGUGCCAGACACCGCUGGACAGACGUAUUUGUUUUAUCUACGUAUGGAUAAUCCAAGAGACUACACCACGUGGUCCAACAUAGCGCGUUGUUUUCAAAUGUGGGAUUUGGACCCCAGAGGAUUUCAUAGAAGUACGUGGAGAUUCUGGAUCAAGAAAAAUCAUAUUUUGGCUGUUGGGUGUCCUGCUUCUGUUUAUUGUAUGAAGAAACCGAAAAAUCUAAAUCUGAUUUAUCUUCCAAACAAAGAGACGAGACCGAAAGAUCUUAUUUAGCAGAUUAUCUUAAUUUGCAAAAAAGGUAGCGCUCCUAUAGAUAGGGGAGUUUGUUCCCGAUAGACAAAUGUUGUAAUUAUGAAAAGAGGCACUACUCUUGGGCACUAUUUAUUUUGUGGAAUAAUUGAAUCUUAUAACUGAUUAUUGAAAAUAAUAACCGAAAAGACUUCCUAUUUCAUCCUCAGGUUUCCAAGUGCACUACAAUAAUACGAAUUAAUUUUUCCGAAGGGUCUUGAUAUUAGUCGGCAAGUGAAGAAUUUAAAGAAAGCGACAAAACUUUCAAGUCUGUAAUACACGUUUUGACAGAAACUUCUUAAAUCUUCUCGGAAAUGUAAGUAACCUUAAUUUUUCCACACGUGUUAGAGAGCACUUAGUCAGUGACAGGGCUUCUCACAUUUUUAAGCAUCUGUAAGAUUCUGCACAUUGUCGCGCUUUGUGUUCAGCACAUAGUUUCCAUGUUUUGGAUCACGCCUCUACCGGUCUUCAACUCAAGAUAAAAGAGGCUAUUCAUAUUCAAAGAGAACAACCAUCGUGGAAUCAACAAUUACACCAUGUAAAUCUAAAACUAUCCUUUUAAUUCUCACACUUUCAUGCUUUACCUCUUUUCUUGUUGUCACCAUUUAUCAUAACUAGCAUUUGUCUACUUACUAUAGAAUUCAACUUUCAACGCUUUGUACAUCAAUUAACUGAAGAUGACAUUCAGAAGUUUCUGUCGAGACAUGUAUCACAGACUUAAAAGUUUUGUCGCUUUCUUUAAGUACAAAUUAAACUUAGAAAUUCUCUAAGAGCCUCAGCGAACUUCGCUAAACACGCACGUCAAAAAAACUUUAUCUUCGCGCACUUCGUGUUCAACAAUCUGUACUCAAAGUAGAUAAUGGACACGUAACAUUAAUAUUCCAGACACUAUCUAUUUCUAAUAGCCACGCGCAGCCGAAUUCUUCAAUGGUACGCGCACUAACGCAGCACCCUUCAAAAGUAAAGCUUUGCGCAAAUGACACAUUAGACACGACUAGUUAUUUAGGUGAUUAUUCGCAUAGAAUUAGGACCAUUAGUUACUAAAAUGAAAUGUGUUUUUAACAAGGCCUCCGUUCGUUACUAAUAUGUAUCCUUCUCAACUCAAAUUUGAAGUACAAAAAUCACUUUUAAGUGAUAUUUAAAACAUUAGUACAAGACAUCAACAUUCCACUAAUAAAACUGUAUUAAAUUUAAUGUCAUUAUCUACUAUGGGUCACUCUUCGCUUACAAACUUGCUUACAAUUGCCUUAAGGUUCACAAGUGGGAGUCUGAUUAGUCAAUCACGAGUAUGACUAUGGUCAGAAUUUGACGACACGAGGUGUUGUUACCAAUUAAUUAUAAUUAUAACAUAGCUAGAAAAUUUGUCUAAUCAGAUU